UUCGUACAGCUUACUUUAUAUCCUGUUUAAUGUAAAAUAUAAUUUGUUUAUAUCGUUGUUUCGGCGUGCUGUUAAUUGUGGAUUAUUCUAAUGUAUUGUAAAAAUGCUGAGUAAUAAACUUUUUGUUAAAUAAAAACGAAUUCUUAAUUUUAGUGUAAUCGGUCAGCAACCAUGUUAAACUUUAGAAAACGCAGAAAAUUCAAGCAUUAGAGUAAACUUACUCGGUGACUAAAGCCAGUCAGGCGAGGAUAGAGGCGGAGUGGAUACAAAACGUGUAUAUGACGAAAAUAAACGAGGCGGACCAAAUAGUACAUUGCGAUGUUGGUGCUCGGCCGGAAAGGAAAAGAGAAACGGCUCGUGUCUUUAGGGUGUGAAUUCGAAUAUGAGACAACCCAUCAUCUCAAGAAUUUAGCAAAACUUAGGCUUUUUUCCAGUUGUGGAAAAGAUGUCGUUGCUUUUGGUAAAAGGCUCCUCUUGGCGGUGUUUGGCUAGAUUUCCGAGCAGAGCUUUCUAUGGAGCGAUAUCAUCAGGAGAUGUUGGAGGCACUGCCUGUCUCAGAUGCACUGCUCAACGCUUGAUAAACCAUAGAACUGUUGGAUUUCAGAGCAGCCCUAGCCUUUUCCAGUCUCACAUUUCCUUUAGCAAUGAUGAACUACAUAGAUAUUGCCUUUUCAAAGGACCCAAAAGACAGUUUCACAGAAUAGUAAGCUCUAGCCAGCCAUGGACAUCAUUUGCCAGUUUAAAUAUUAUGGGACCAAAAUAUACUCCUGUGCAGUGGCUGCAUUCGUCAAACCCCAAAUAUGAUGAAUCUGUAGUAGAAAAAUCUUUAAAAUCUUUGAAAGAUAAGAAUAAGAAGUUGGAGGAAGGUGGCCCUGUUUACACACCGACUGUAGAAGUAGAACCUGUUCGAAAGUCACUUACACAGAGGAUUGUGGAUGAAAUGAAGCACUAUUACCAUGGCUUUCGGCUAUUAUGGACUGACACCACGAUUGCAGCUCGAACACUCUGGCAAAUUCUGAAUGGCCAUAAGCUGUCUCGGAGAGAAAGAAGACAGUUUUUAAGGAUAUGUGCUGACGUCUUUCGCCUGGUCCCUUUUCUUGUGUUUGUCAUUGUCCCUUUCAUGGAAUUCUUGCUUCCUGUUGCAAUCAAACUGUUUCCCAACAUGUUACCUUCAACCUUUGAGACAAAAUCAAAAAAGGAGGAGAGGCUGAAGAAGGAACUGCAUGUCAAAUUGGAAAUGGCUAAAUUUCUUCAAGAUACUAUUGAGGAGAUUGCUUUGCGGAACAAAGCAGCUAAAGGAAAUGUCACUGCAGAGUUCUCAUUAUUUCUUCAAAAGAUUCGAGAGACUGGUGAGAGGCCUAGUAAUGAAGAGAUUUUGCGUUUUUCCAAAUUGUUUGAAGAUGAGCUAACACUAGAUAAUCUAACAAGGCCUCAGCUAGUAGCCCUGUGCAAACUUCUGGAACUGCACACGGUGGGAACCAACAAUUUCUUGAGAUUUCAGAUCAUCAUGAAGCUAAGAUCACUUCAUACAGAUGACAAACUGAUUGCCCAAGAAGGAGUAGACACACUGAAUGUCAAUGAACUGCAGGCAGCAUGCCGUGCACGAGGAAUGCGAGCACUGGGUGUUACAGAAGAACGUUUAAGAGAGCAGCUGAAACAGUGGAAAUUGGAUCCUCAUGUAUUCCAGAGUCUUCCUACCCUUCUUCCCCUGAUUUUUCCCCAGGCCUUCUUACCGGAGUGCUUGGCUCCGUGUGAUCAGCUGGAGACUCUGUUGUCUACCCUGGUUUCCAUUGCCAAAGAAGCUCAAGUGAAGGUAGCAGCUGUAGAGUGUGACAAAGUGGAUAACAAAGUAAAGUUGGAGGCAACACUGCAGGAAGAAGAAGCCAUUAGGAAAGAGAACCAGGAACGGGAGAUGGAAAGACUUGCUGAAGCUGCUGAGAAGGCAAAAGAAACUCUGCAGGUGGCAGCCCAGAAGGAAGUUGAAGCUGCAGUGGACAUGCAUGAAGCAGCUGUUAGUGUAAAGACGAGUCGGAUUGCAGUAGACACAGAGCAGGAACUGGCUAAUGUGGACCUGGCUAUUCAUUCUGAGACCCUGAAGGACACUGCUCCCAUUUUGGAAGGCAUUAAGGGUGAAGAGAUAACAAAAGAAGAGAUAGAUAUGCUGAGCGAUGCCUGCACAAAAUUGAAAGAACAAAAAAAACUGUUAACCAAAGAAAAAGAAGAACUUGAGGAGCUGAAGGAUGAUGUUCUGGAGUAUAAUGAGGAUUUAGAAGAAAUUAAGAAGGAAUUAUCAAAGACUGGACAAGAAAAGACUGUGGAAGAGACUAAAGCAAGCAAGAGACUGUCCAAAAGGGUAAACAGGAUGAUUGGGCGGCUUGGAACAAUUAUUGAUGAACUUGAAAAGGAACAGGUGGUGUUGAAUAGUCAACUAGAUGGUGGCCCAAGUCCACCUCUUGGGGAAAAUGUUAUCAGCAUCAGUGAGCUAAUUGGUAUUAUGAGGGAGAUCCAGAAGAUUCCUGAACCCAAAUUGUAUCGCAUCGCUGAAGCAUUGGAUGAUAAUCAUGAUGGGAAGAUUGACAUAGAUGAUGUCAUUAAGGUCCUAGAGUUGAUUGACAAGGAAGAUGUCGACAUUUCAACUAAUCAAGUGGCUGAAAUCGUGGGGCUGCUGCAGAAGGAAGAGAAAUUAAUGGAAAAGGAAAAGGCAAGAGAGAAAGCUGAGAAAGAACAGAUCGUUGAAAUAAAGAACUAACCACGACACAGCUAGUGUUAACUUGCUGUGAUGCUUCUGUUCUUUCUUGUCUGAUCUGUGUAUGUUUAAUAUAUUUAGAUUUACAGAAGAGUAAGGAUAUUGUAUUUUUUAAAUAAUCAUUUUAAACAGAGGAGAGAGUCCCUUCUGUACACUUGAAGAAGCAAAAGCCAUUAAUUUGCUGAUGUUCCUGUAACAGAAAAGCUGGAGUCUACCAUUUAAAAUCAAGACUAGGUUUUGUUACUGGUGUAAUCCUCUAUUUAUUUAUAGAUAGUGUUAUAUAAUUAUGAUGUGGUACAUUUGGUUCUUGAAAAACAUUGGAAAGUGAUGUAAAACAUGAUUUUCCAUCUGCAUGGAAGAAUAACAGUUAUGCGUUUUUGUAUUUUGCUUUCAUAGGUAAGCAUAGUUUAAGUAAAAUUCUAAAUGAUAAUUUAUUUCAAAACUGCAUACCAAGUCACCACCACCAUCAAAAUAGUCACAUUUCAGUUUUUCAGUUUGAAAACUUUCAGUGUAUUUGAAAGUAAGAUAUGCUACUGCCUGUGAAUGUGUGUUAAUUUGCAUGGUUGUAUUUAUCAUUUAAUUCUUUCUCAGGUGAGAAAAUUCUAGAAAUGGUGCUGUACAAUGUACAUUACUUUAGUUUUACUUAGUUUUUUCAUAAUCGUACUGUUAAAGAUUAUGUCCAGAGACUUUUCCUUAGUUAAAAAAAGGCUGACUGUAAGCAGAUUACAUCUUAGUUGUGUUAUAUUAAGGUUUUGUUUAAAAUUACUUUCAAAAGUGCCGUAAUCACUUCUGUAAUUCUGUUAUCAGGGUGAUGUGUCAUCAUAUUUUUUUGAAAAGGAUGUUGUCAUCACAUUAAUUUUUCUUUGUGAGUACUCAUGGAAACCAGCAGCUGUUUCUAUGAAUGGUUGGAAGCUGCCCUGCAACGAUUUAUAUGAGUGUUGAGACGCUACAGUGAUUUUUUUUUUACUUGAUUUGUAAAACGUAUUGGGGUAGACUGUACAAAUUGAUAAACAACUAUAAAGCAUUUAGCUUUGCCAGUUGUCUGGUUUUCAGGACUAUCCAAAAAAUCAAACUAAUUGUCCUGUAGUUCGGGAAAACACUGUACAAACUCCAGUAUUCUGUUUCAGACUAUCAGAGUUUAUUAAAUCUGUGGAUUUACCAUACUUAUAUUUAUUUUUAUAAAAAAGCAUAGUAAAUCUGCAGAAAAAAGCCAUCAUGAAUGGAAAAACAGGGUGUGACGACAUCACAAAAUGGGUGGAAAGUGGGUGGGGCAUGGUGUUAUGGAAGGUGCAAGGGGUGUGGCCUAAGACCUGUUUUAGCCACAACAAAAGGUGACAAUCCUAAAAGCAGUUAAUGUUCUGCCAAACUGUUAAUUUAAUUUCUUGUAGUUAUUUGCUAAUUAAUCAUUUAAGUAAUUAAAAUCUGUCCCCAAAAAAAGACCUCAGUACAUCAUGAGUGGGCAUACUGACUCAGCAAAAGACAUUGACAGGCAAUUACACUUCCCUACCAUGUAUUUGUAGCACUUUUAAAAAGUAAAUUUCAACAACAAAACCUUGAUAAACGCAUGCCCAUUUCUCCUGAAUAAGUGAUCACAACAAUGAAGAUGCAGUCUGCUUAAAGGUACCUCCUUUUUUUAAAGUAGGUAAAUUCUUUGGACAUAUUUUUAAAACGUUUCUUACAUAUAAAGAUCUAGUGACACCUCAAAGAAAAUUGAAAAUUAUAAUAGAUGGAGAACAUUGGGCGCAGUGGUGCAGUAGUUAGCGCUGUCGCCUCACAGCAAGAGGUACUUGGGUUCGAUUCUCAACUGGGGGUGCCUUUUGUGUGGAGUCUGCAUGUCCUCCCUGAGUUCUCAUGGGUUUACUCUGAAUGCCCCGGUUUCUUCCCACAUUCCAAAGACAUGCAUCUGGAGCAUUUCUCCCCGGGCCUCCUCUGAAAAUGGUCUCUGUCCUAGUCAGACUUUCCCAGUAAACAAAUGAUAAAUAAAUGAACAUUGGCCAUUCUCGAUAGAUAUUUCAGUAUGUCAAUCAUCUGAGUUUUCAUGUUUAAAUCUGCAGUUGUAUGUUCCUUUAAAAAUUCCUUUUUCUUGCUCUUUGUCCUUUUCCACUGGUAUGGUAAUAAUCUGCUGCUUUGACACUGACUCUGGUGUCACUAGCAGUAUAUUUUGUCUUGAUAUGAAGACCACAACAAAUGCAGAUAAAAUUGAUAGGAAAGGUAUUUUUAAUGCAUGCAAACCUUACAGUGUAUAAUUGAGAGGAGAACACUAUUCCUUGCGUGAAAAAAUGUAUAAGUGUGUUUAAAUAUUAUUUUUUAUGAAGUUAACAGAAAUGUGUUAGAUGUUAUUUAAUACUUUGCUAUUGUAAUUUUACGGGUUUUGUCCCAAAAUGAUACAAUACUGAAAGGCAUUUCCAGAAAUUUGAUGGGAGGGCAGAGGAGUUAAUAGAUAAUAGUGGUCAUCACACAUCUGGUAAGGUGGCAGUGGGGCUUGUGUUUCUUUAUUCAGGUUGUAUGUUAUGUCUUCUUACUCACUGUGCUGUACUUCCCUUCAACAUGUUUUGACUUCCUCAGUAUAGCUAGUUGUUUGGUAGUUAGGUCUUAGUGCUAGAAUUUUGAUUGGGGUGCAUCCUGUCAUCUGUCUUUCUGCUGUAAUGAGGUAGUUAUGAAAUCUGCCAUAAAGGCUGGCUUGUGCUACCUCUACAGUGACCUAAUUCUAGAUUAGUUUACUGCUCCAAAUAGCUGUUCAUUAAUGGGAACAUGACAAGUUUUUGAUGGUAAUUUGUCCAGUGAACAACACAUCAAAGGGAAUAUCUGAAAGCUACUUUUAGUGAACAUUUACUUUUGCUGUUUCUUCACUGUAGUGCGACUGUGGAGUUGGCAUAUAUAAGUUGAGGGGGUUGGGGUCUUCCCUUUCAUAGGAGUGCAGGGAGUUUUCCCCUAAAAAAGACUUAUUUUAUUUGAUGAAUUUAGAAUUCACUGAUAUUUUGAACAUGUUCAUAUUUGGACAAAUUUCAAGAUUCCUUGAAUGCAUCCUCUUUAAUUUGAGUAGUGAUGAGUAUUCGAGACGGUCAUUGUUUCCAACCCUGCACGCACAUUUCAUGCAGCGGUGUGAUGUUAUCUCUACUAAGUGAUAGCUUACCAAAAGAGACUUGCAGGUUUUUUUUUAAUGCACAUUUUAUUUGAGUAAAUCAUUCACCUUCCAACUAUAGAUUUGCAUUUCUUCUGGGUACGAUCGUGUUGGCAGUUACAUUUUUUUUUGCUUUUUUUCUGGGUACGAUCGUGUUGGCAGUUACAUUUUUUUUUUGCUUUUUCUUUUAUAUCAUAAUUGUAAAAUAUUCCAGCUGUUUUUCUGACUGAGAUUUAAAGUGAGUAGUGUUACAGAAAUUAUCCCGUGAUACAAAACAUUACAGGUAGGUUCCAAUGAAGUGAGUUAGACUUGUUUAGUUUUAAGAAAAAUUACAUGGGACCAAAGGGCCUCAAAAUGAAAUUUAGAAAUGUCAGUACAGUGAACAGAUUUCAUCCUCAUUUAGGAUCAUUAUUGUGCCAUAGCUGAACCAUAAUUCUCUUUAAUAAAGUGAACAAAAAUGAUGUUUAACACUUUAGCUCUUUUCCCUGACUAUUGCAAUGUCCCUUUCAAGAUGUUACUCUUUUUGCAUACCUACCUCUCUCCUGCAGCUUAAUUUUUGAUAUUUUUUAUAGUGUCAGUUUCAGGGUUGCAUGUCUAAACUAUUGCACCACAGAUGUUCAAACAUAGAGUUCAGACACUGAAUUAAGGCACUCAAGCAGAAACAGCAACAUUUGAAACUCACUGUUAUCACUUUUAAAGUAUAUUUUGCAGGGGGGCUUCACUUUGUCGCAUACUCCUACUACUUGUACUGUAUUGGGUAGUGAUGAUUUUUCCAGGCAUUAACUUCCAACACUAACUAUGAGAUCAGUGUGCCUUAGAAUAAGGGAAAUUUUCCAAAAUCCUGCAAUCUCUCCAUCUUAAACCUUAACACUUUGCACCCAGGGCAGUUACUCUAUUUGCUCCAUCCUUGCUACACUGCUACUUCUGAACGUCAAACAGAAGUGCAAUGAGUUGUUGCUUUGCUGUCUAUUUUUAAGCUAUAUUAGGUAGUUUUCCCUUUGGAAAUUAUAACUGUACUCACUGCCUGGCUUAGUUAAUAUCAGUUUUAAAAAUAAUUUUGACUUGUAUGCUUGUUAUUGUGAAAAUGUUUUUGAUCUCCAUUAAUAGCCCCUGCAGUAGCCCUGGAAAGUGAAAUCUAUCCCAUUACACUGCAACCGUGCAUGCUGCUGGAAGAAGUCAUUGAAGUUCACUGGUGGGAAUGGCCUGACCAAAUUUGUUUUCUGGAUAAUGAGGCCUAUGGGAUUAUUUUCAACCAGCUUGCUCCCCCCCUCAGUAAGUUGAGUACUUUAUUCAUCAAUAAGAAAGUGGCACAUUUUUCAACAGCCCAUCUUGACUCUAUUGUUGAUCUGGUAUAACUUGCAAAAUGUCGGGGGCAAAAAUGGUUUGGUUAUUUCUCAUUCCAAAUUCUUGUUUGCUCAGCAUGUGUUUUGUUUGUCUGCUGAGGACUGUAAGUAUAAGCCUCAGAAUAAUGGAACUGAAUUUCUUACUUUUGAGUAUUCCUUACUCUUGGAAUAUCCAGUACCCCUACUUAUGGAAUAGAGUUCCCUGCACCCUUUCGAAUAUGUAGGGUUCUCCUCGAUCAAGGGCAGCUAAUACUUAAGUGUUUCGGGGCUUAUUUUCGCUAGGCUUCUUAAUGGUUGUUUAGACUGCACGUCUUAUAUAUACCUGUGAACAUGUGACUGUAGAAUAUAUUCUAAAUCUGAGGUACAGAAGUUUAAGUAUUCCUCUACUUCAGGGUACUGCAGUAUAGUGUAUGGGGGUGCAGAGAGUGAUCCCUUCCCCCAAAACAUGGUUUAAACGUAGCAGUGAAUUUUAGAAUUCACUGGUUUUGUCUGAAUCGUAGUUUGUUUACUUUUUCAAAGUUUUGAGACUUGAAAGGUUGUGUUUCACAUUUUGAUAUAUUUUUUUCUUUUCAUAUGUGUCUUAGUGGGGGUUUUUUUCAGUCUAUAGUAUAGAUGGCCUGCCUACUUAAUUUCCUCAGGCCUGCAAUGCAUUGGUUUUGCACAGCCUCCUUAAGUUUCUUAAGCCAGUAGUAUAUCACUUUCACCAGACAUUUAUGUCUGCUGUACAUGUAAGCCCCAUACAGGCUUCUGCACUGAAGAAAACACAAUGCAUUUUCAGUUCACUAAGGCUUAGCAGAAUACUUGCUUUUCCAUUUAACUUUACCAGCAUCAUUUGCUGGAGCCAUCUGGUGAUGUAAAGCUUAUGUGAAAUUAUCUAGUAAGAAGACUUCAUAUCCAGCUAAUAUUUAGGGUCUUAUCUUUUGACACCUUUAGAAGGACUUGUAAUAAUUUUUAUUGCUAUAUUUCCUGCUUUCCCUGCCAAAGUCCACAUUCUCCAUGUAGCCACACAUUUUUCUUUUACUGGAUGGUCAGUAAAACUUGUAGCCUUUAUGGCUCAGUAUCAGCACUUGCAUCUGAGAAUGUGUGUGUAUAUCUUGCACAUGUCCUUAAUCGCCAUAAGUUUAUAUUGUUAUUAGUAUAGUACAUUUUUUGUAGCUUCAUUUUUUGUGUAACUUAAAAAAUAAACCACUAAUGACUUUUAUGGAUUUUCUUUGGCCAUAGCUUGAACUCCUGUGAUGCUUGGAUCUCUUGUAGUUGCAGAAAUAAUAGCUGUGCUAACUAAUAGCAGUAUGCUUGAAAAUGUAAUCCAUGACCUUCUUGUAAGUCAGUUUUGUAACAUGAGUCUCAAACUUUUUCGAAGUUAAGGCUUUGAGUUGUAGAGCUUGUUUUAUUUAUUUACAAUAUUAAAAUAGUCAAUAACUAA